AAGAGAGACAGAGAGAGAGAGAGAAGAGAGAGAGAAAGAGAGAGAGACGGCGGAGAUCGGUCGGGCCGGCGAGCGAGGUGAGACAGGGGCCUGGUCGGACGCGGACCCUGCGAACUUUGCAUCCGGAGAAACACCGCAUCGUCCCGGUGGAGCAGAUUUUAUGGAUGAUAAAUACAACGGGUUCAAAAAGUUGUUGGGUUUUGGCUGAUCUUCCCCACACCUGCCCAUGUGGCCUAGAGGAAUGCUGGCACCUGCUGGAGGAGUAGGUGGGGCUCUCUGAAGCGGAGGCACUUUAUUUAGCAGAUGCACAUGAGGCAAAUAGCACAUUAGAAACCUCCAGCUGUCGAGGUGGCGACCUGGCGCAAGUGCAGCUAGGCUGAGUUCCUGAUGAAUGCCCAGCGGUUGGUCCUUGAGCUGGCCGUGUCUCCUGUGAAGCCCCAAAGUCACCACCAUGUCCCAGCUGCUGCAUGUGGAGAUCCCCAACUUCGGCAGCACGGUGCUGGGCUGCUUAAAUGAGCAGCGGCUGCAGGGCCAGCACUGCGACGUGUCCAUCGUGGUGAAAGGACACGCCUUCAAGGCGCACCGCGCGGUGCUGGCCGCUAGCAGCCUCUACUUCCGCGACCUGUUCAGCGGCAGCUCCAAGGCGCAGUUCGAGCUGCCGUCGUCGGUGGCUCCCGCCUGCUUCCAGCAGCUGCUCUCCUUCUGCUACACGGGCAAGCUGACCAUGGCGGCCAGCGAGCAGCUGGUGGUCAUGUACACGGCGGGCUACCUGCAGAUCCAGCACAUCGUAGAACGGGGCAUGGACCUCAUGUUCAAGGCCAACUCGCCGCACUGCGACUCGCAGACCGCCGCCAUGGAGGACACGGGAUCCGAGCCCCAGAGCCCCAGCAACAACCCGGCAGCGGCACUGGGCCCGCCCUGCUGGUCCAUGUCCGUGUCCGGCGCCAGGGGCAGGAUUAAGCAGGAAGGGUGCGAACCCCCGCUUUCUGUACCCGGCGUGGGGCAGAAGCGGGCAGCGGGGGAGGCGGCCACAGCGGGGGUUCGGCUGGGGCGGGGCAGCUCGCUCUUCUUCACUGGGGCUGGCGGCAGUGUCAUCUUCCCAGGCAUGCAGUCCUACCAGCUCACCACUGGGGAGCGCUCCAGUCCCGGAGCGUCCAGUCUGCCCACCACUGACAGCCCCACCUCCUACCAGAACGAGGACGAGGAGUUCGAGGAAGAGCCAUACGAUGGCAUGACCGAGGAGGGUUACGGGCAGAUCUACGGGCGAACAGCGAACCCUUAUAGCAUCCAGGAGAAGUCGGAUGUGGCCGGCAUGGCGGUGUCCCUGGAGAGCCGCUCCUGCGUGCUGAUUCGCCGGGACCAGGUGGCGCUCCCCGCGAGCCUCGUCAGCCAGAUCGGAUACCGCUGCCACCCCAAGCUGUACACCGAGGGCGACCCGGGGGAGAAGCUGGAGCUGGUGGCAGGUACAGGAGUCUUCAUGACCCGAGGGCAGCUGAUGAACUGCCACCUGUGUGCGGGCAUCAAGCACAAGGUGCUGCUUCGCCGCCUGCUGGCUACCUUCUUUGACAGGAACACACUGGCUAAUAGCUGUGGGACAGGUAUCCGCUCGUCCACUAGUGACCCCAGUAGGAAGCCUCUGGACAGCCGCGUGCUUAAUGCCGUCAAACUGUACUGUCAGAACUUCGCCCCCAACUUCAAAGAGAGUGAGAUGAAUGUGAUUGCGGCGGACAUGUGCACCAACGCGCGGCGCGUCAGAAAGCGCUGGCUUCCCAAGAUCAAGUCCAUGCUGCCCGACGGGAUGGAGGUGUAUCGGGUGGGGGCCGCUGCCGUGGGCCUGGGGCUGGCGCUGGGCAGUGCUCAGGUGGGCCUGCCUCUGCCCUACGAGUCCGACUUCAAGCCACUAUCGGGCCUGGCCUUCGAGCGUGAGCUCUACGCUGACCGCAAGGAAGCGCUCAGAACUCACCUGCAGCUGGGGGCAGGCAGCCCGGGCGCAGAGGCUGCCGCCACCCCGGGGGCGGAGCCUGAACUGGGCGGGCCCCAGGUCGGGGAGGAGGAGGCGGAGGAGGCGGUGGAGGAGGAAGAGGAGGAGGAACCCCUUUUGCAGAAUUCAGAGACGACGGCGGCAGCACCUUUCGGUCCCAGGAAUGAGUUGGCGGGAGGUGGCAAGCCUCCCACGCCCAAGGGACAGCAAGUAGAGGAGUUCGAGGAGGGGGUGCUGCGGAUAAAUGGCCAGUGACACAUCACCCCACCCCCCCACCUCCCUCAGAGCUUCAUAAACAAGAACAUACACACACACACACACACACCGACACAACACAGUUUCGCAGGGCAGACAUAGGCAUUGCUAGACAGGGCAUGCAUUGACUCAGCACUACUGAUAAAGGGAAGCUCAUUAUCUCAUCGUUAAGAAAAAGCGCACCUGUCAGUUUCAGUAACGUAUACAUGACUGGCGCUGCCUGAUUGGUACUUUUAACCGUCCCAAAUUUAAAACCAGGAAACCUUUACAUGGAAUAAGUACUAAUUUACGAGAGCUCGUGGAAUAUCAAGUUGGUUUUUUUUUCUACGAAGGAAAAUGAAACACAUCGGUGACCUGGGAAUUUAAAGUCAAUGUUCAACAUAAAGAGGCUAUAUUUUUCUAUAGCGAUGAGGAAAAAAUGGGGUCUAUUUUUUGUGCGAUUAAUACUAGAAAGCCGAUUGAAUGUUAAAAUAUGAGCUGAUAGGCGGAAUAUUCCACGAGAUAUCUUACACAUCUAAACAACCCAAACUAAAGGGGAAAAAGAGCGAAUCGAAAUUUCUUGGUUAUUUUUAACAGCAAUGUGCAAUUGCUAAAAAGUAAAGUGAAACCGUGCGAUUGAAACUCCCGGAGAGAAUCGGGCUUCCUAGGGCUGACAGGGUAACGCAUUGCCUGUGUUUCCCCGGCGGCGAGCGCACACCUGCACGGACGCUCCUCCCGAUGCCUUCAGAUGCACGGCCUGCACGCGGGACGGCGCCCCCCGCAGGUAGCCCACGGAGAAGGGCGCGUGCCAUCGCGGUGCCCCGGCGCACGCACGAACCGCUUGCAUGCCCAACGAAUAGAGAAGUAAAGCAACCAAGCCGCUACGGCAUAAGCAAAAAACAGAAACAACUAAAGCGCUUCUGCUGCCUGAAGACGUAUCAUUAAGAGUUAUAGAACAGAUGUUUUUUUUCCCCAAAAACCUUGGAUCCGGCGGGGGUAAAUUAAGGACAUGGGGGACACGGGGAGUAUUGUUACUGUGUCACUGGGGUGCAGCGCUGGUUGGUUGGAGUCUCGCCGACCGCAUCCACGCUGGAGGCUCAAGAAUCUAUGCCAACUUUUGUUAUUGUAUUAAAUGGGAAAGAGACAGCCGCAAUGUAACUUCUGCUAGCUUUUCGCAUUUGCACUCGAAGAUGACGUGAUGUUUGAUGGGGAUCAAUAAGACGACUCUUUGGGACAGGAGCACCGGCGAUGUUUUGCCUACUUUCCCCUUAACCCGGCUUCUUGGGAUGGUUAUAUAUAUUUCUUUGGAUGGGGCAUCAGUAAUAAGGAGGUGCGCUGCAUUCGUACGUGUGUCGCCUUUUUUUAUUUUGUGCCCCACGAUGAUGUAUAAAAAGAUCUUGAAAUAGUAGGAGAAGGAAUGGUUGUUAUUUUAAGCGUAACGUUACUUGUUUGGGAAGCCCACAACAAAGACCCAGAUAUUUCUAAAUCGAUGAGACAUUUCAUAACGUCCGAAAAUACGUAGAAACAUAAGAAAAUUAUAUUACAUCACCUUGUUCCGAAUUUGAAAAGCACGUACGUUAUUUAAAGUUUUGGUAAAUGUGUGCCAUAACAGACUAAGCGCCUGUUUUAUACUAUUUAAAAUAUAUUUCCGGAUUUUUUCUGAUUGGGAACUAUAGAGAGUCCUGUUUCUGUGAAAUGGAGUGGCAGGGUUUUAAUUGCACUAAAAGCAUCAGAAACUGUUUACAGGAAUCUUUGUGAUUUUUUUUUAGAGAGGUGUUUGCAGUCUGAGGUUGUGGUUUGUCAGCCUGAGAACAAUCAGAAGAGCCAUACUCAUUAAGAGUUCUGGUUUCUGAGUGGUUAUGGGAACAGUGGUGAUUUGGAAAGGAUGGAAGAAUGGACCUCCCUCCCUUCUAAAUGAAGCCAUUUGCAGUUAUCGGGUCUGUGUAGCAGCCUUGAAAUGGCUGCCAAGUGUCUUCCGUUGUUAAAAAGCACCGGCCCUCGAUGUCCCGAACCUUCAGCGAGUGGCAAUAUCAGCCCUGCUGUAUUUUUACCCAGAUAGUUUAAUAUUUUGCACUUUCUGUUUUGCAUACCAAUCCUGCAGUCCGCUCCAGCCCAGAUGUGGAAGGUAAUCUGCACGCAGUGUUAUUUUAAAGGGGAGGCUCUGUCGGGGCAGGUUCUGUGUACUGUGUAGUUAGUUACCUGUUGUCCGGAACGGGAGGCCGCACUCCCCUUUAACGGUGACUCGAGUUUUCAUAUUGUGAUGAGCCAGGUGGUAUUGCAGUUGUGUUCUUUUUUUUUUUACUGUAGCAUGGUUUUGAGAAAGUGCAAGGCUGAGUGAGAAAGUGCCUUAUAUUUUUUGGAUUUUGAAUCUACUUGUGGAAAGAUCUGUUCUCCACAGUAUCCAAUUGCUGCCAUUCCGCCCUUUUUAAACAAAAUCCAAAAGACGUGUUUUAGGCCUAAACUCGUAUAAGAUGAAAUGACACUUCUAUUUACAAGAAAGUCCUGCUUGUUUUUCCACAAAGAACAUUUUGCAGCACUGUCUGUGUUCUUAAAACAUCUUCUUCAGCAGUGCAAAAAGAAUGCACUUUCAAGACUUUGAUUUAACGCCAACCCAAUGAAACAAAAGCCACAGAAGUUAAUUAUGUAUUUUUCAGAUGGGCAAACUCAUAGGUCAACGUAGGAGCUAGAUCUCUGGGGGUUAAAACAGACAUAUUAGUGGUUUGUUGGAUCAAAUUGCUUUCAUCAACAAAGAGAGAACUGAAUUUUGGUUUAAUGUAUCAUUUCAAUGCCGUUUCGUGGUUGUGCUAACGCGCAUGUCUCCUUUCUUAAGUCUUAUAUCAUAAUGUUGAGGGAUGGGGGAGGGCAUUGACAAAAAAGACAGACCAAAUUUUAUUUGCACUUACAUCAAGGAGCGAUGGACACUAAAGCAGUCGUGGAGUAACCAUCCCCAAACAAGGUCACUCAUAGUUCAUUCUGGAGAUUGCCUUUCUUUUUCGGGCCUUUUAAGCCUGCAGAUUUAUUUGUGUGCCUUUUCUGCAUUGUGUUGCUUGUUCUUUCUAAACUUUUAAUUAACAGUAGGCAGUAGCGAACUAAAAAGUUUUUUUUUUUUUAUUUGCUACGGUGUCUUUUAUGAAAACUUCAGUCUGAUGAUUGAAAAGUCGAUGAUGUUGCACUAGAAUUUGAGAAUGAUAUGUGAAUGUUGGCGCUGAACUGGGGUAGUGACGUUUUUUUUUUACCUGCAUUGUUCCCUUUCUAUAAUGUCUUCAGAGUUGUGAGGUUUUAAACAGGGUUUAAAUGUAUAAAAAUGUUGUUUUCACCAAAAUGAGACCACUGUGUUUUUGCAGAGAACGGCACUAACUUACCCGUCAUAGAGUGAAGGUUUUGAGUGUUGGAAAGAACAGGUGAAAGAUGUGUAAUUUUUGUAAAAGCGGACAUACUUAAGUAAAUGUGCCUGGUACCAGGCUGAAGCCCUUUGUCAGUCACAGGGGAAGGGGAAGAGCAAACGUAACGCGAUGCUUCAUUGGCUCAUUGUUGUUAUGGGAAACCCCUCAGGACACAGCAAUACCAAAUCGCUUUUAAUGAUCUUGUUGUUAUUCCUGGAUGGGGAAUUCAGAGUCCGUCUCACUGGGCUUUUCAGGCAGUGAUGCUGACGUGUGUUAUCACAUUGUAUGUGUGUAUAUUUUGCUGUCUGAGAAUGGAUGUGAUCUCCGUCACGCGGUGCUGUCGGCUCGGUGUUUGUUUGUGCUGCAAAGCGCUCCACCGUCCACUGCAAGCCAGUUCAACGAUAAAUUUUUCAUGCCAUCGAGCGUUGGCCCAUUUUGCCAAUGACUGCAGACGUCAUCCAGCGUAAUUUCACCCACUGAACCGGCCGCCUUUAGGCUGGUUGGUUGGACCUCAGUGUCCACUAGACUGAAGUGUGUGGCAUCCACCAUUGUGUGCUGCAAUGCAGAUGGCUUUUGCAUGCUGAAUCUGCUCACUGAAGACUCACCAUCACUCACGCUGUUGCUUAGAAAAUGGGGGGGGGGGAGAACAACCUUCAAAGGCACAUGGCCAAGACCGUUGACAAUCAGGAGAUGAGUCUUUAAGCAUUACAGAGGAAGGCUGUUCCUGCGAUGGGGAUGCUUUGCUAAGCCCAUGCUUGAUGUCAAACACCUGUGGCACUCAGUUCCAGUCUUUUCUGGUCCUCAAUUUUCUAUAACUAUUUUUUUUUGGUGAUCAGUUUAUCGUCAUCUGCUUGAGUCUGUGAACAAUGAUAAGGAGGUCUGCACUGUAGAGACUGAUUUACUCAAAUUUAAUUACGAGUUCUAUUAUUAUUGUUAUUUGUGCUUGACUGAUGCUUUUGCACAGUGAAACUUAUGGUUUUACCCAUUUAUGCAGCUGGAUAUUUUACUGGAGUACUACAACAAAAAAUCUUGGGCUCUUGGCAAUCUAAUAGCUUUUGGUUUAAGAUGCCUGUGUCCCGAACUACCGUACUGGCAGCUGUCCUAGGUGACCAGAUGAGCAGAACCCCUGGGAACAGAAGAGAGUCUUCGUAGUUCAUACUUUGUGAGCCUCGUGGACCAGGAGAACCACAGACGCGUUUGCUCAGCUUUGCAGGCCCGCAGCAUCCAGGAAGAUGGAAGUCUCGGUAUUUGCAGCGGCUCGUGGCAGGAGGAGAGUGAACUCUUUACAAAGAACGACAGCUUUACAAAAUAAAUGCGCCUUUUAACGCAAGCAAAAAAAAGCAAGAUGCCACUGUUGAUGUUACAGAAUACCUGUUUCUUUUACUCCAAUAUUUGGGAUGUUUCUCUCUACUUCAGUUAUCAGAGAGUAAAUAACCAAACCUUGUCUAAUUUAGUUAUGGGUGACAUUGUGUAGUUUCAGUACCUGUUCAUUUUUUUUCCAAAUGCAAUACUGAUGAAUUUGCUCUCUCUAAUAAAACUCAUCAUUUCAG